AAUGUUGGAGUAGCUUUAGUGCAUAUCUAGUGUACCAAUAUUAAAAGCUAUAAAAAGAAAACUCUGUUUGACGUGUUUGUUAGAAAAUCUCAGAGAAAUAAAGGAAAACCAACUUUGGAAAUUUUGUACCGGUGAUGAAGAUAGUAUAGUAAGAUAGUACUGUCGUUUGUUGGUGGACAUAUGAGGGCAAACACUUGUAGACUUUUGCAUCAGAUGACAGAGUAAAAUCAGAUUUGUUUUUUGACUCUGGUUACCUUCUCAGCUACUUUGCUUACUGCAAUUUUCAUAUUCUUCUUCUCAUGGCUGGAGGGAAGCAAAGCAAAGGACUCAACUAUUCAUGCAUUCUACUCAUAGUUAUUGCUGGUAUGGAGAGAUUUGCAUUCAAAGGAGUGGCAUCCAAUUUAGUGACAUAUCUAACAGAAGUUGUAAACAUGAGCAACUCUUCUGCAGCCAAAACUGUCAAUAGUUGGUGUGGUUUCACAUCCAUGUUGCCACUCUUAUUUGCACCCUUUGCUGACUCUUAUUUGCAUAGGUAUACAACCAUAUUGGCUUCUUCAUUCCUCUAUGUUGCGGGGCUAGUGGCAUUGACAACAUCUGCUUCUGUAUGGGCCCGGUCUGCUGCAAACAAAACAAGAUCUACCACCUUUCUCUUCUGGUCUCUUUGUUUGAUUUCUCUAGGCCAAGGUGGCUACAACUCAUCUUUGCAAGCCUUUGGUGCUGAUCAGCUGGAUGAUGAAGAAGAAUUGCCCUGCAGCAAAGAUGAGCAAAAAUCUUCUGAUAACAUCAAGAGUUCUUUCUUCCAGUGGUGGUAUUUUGGUGUCUGUAGUGGUAGUCUUUUGGGGGUCACAAUAAUGUCCUACAUCCAAGACACUUUUGGUUGGGUUCUGGGGUUUGCUAUCCCUGCCAUAGCAAUGGUUAUAUCCGUAGCUUUUUUCUCAUCCGGGAGUAGAAUUUACAUAUACAAACAGGUUGAGAGUAUGGGGUCUAAACCUCUUAACAUAAUUCAAAUCAUCAGAGAAACUGUAUCAAAGUUAAUUAGUGGCAAAAUAGCCCUACCGAAUGUCAAUGACAUAGUUGAGCUAGAGCUUCAAGAGAAACCUCUUUGUCAUCAAAACUUGGGAGGCAUGGAGAGCUUGAACAAGAAUUCGAAAGGCAGUACUGAUUACAUGCUCGAAAACACGAAAGUAGUACUGCGGCUUUUGCCUAUAUGGACAAUGCUUCUAAUGUUUGCUGUGAUCUUCCAACUCCCUGCAACCUUCUUUACCAAGCAAGGUAUGACAAUGAAGAGAAACAUUGGAAGCAACUUCCAGAUCCCACCAGCCACACUACAAAGUUCCAUUACGUUGUCUAUAAUUCUCUUGAUGCCUCUAUAUGACAAAGUUCUGAUCCCAUUUACGCGCUUGAUUACUCGAAACAAAAAGGGUAUUAAUGUGAUGCAAAGAAUGGGAGCUGGGAUGUUUCUUUCAGUCAUAGCAAUGAUAAUUGCAGCAUGUGUGGAGACACAAAGGCUAAAGAUCAGUAGAAAAGAAGCAGCAAUGCUUGGAUCUAAUACUGAGACAGUGCCACUAAGUAUCUUCUGGUUACUACCUCAGUACAUACUUUUAGGCAUUUCAGACAUAUUUACCGUUGUUGGGAUGCAAGAAUUUUUCUAUUCUGAAGUUCCUGUUAGAAUGAGAACUAUGGCAUUUGCUCUAUACAAUAGUGUUUUUGGAGUAGGGAGCUUCUUGAGUGCUUUUCUUAUAACAGUUAUUGAAGACCUGACAAGAACCAAAGGAAGGAAUAGCUGGUUCUCUGAUGACAUGAGUGAGGCGCGGUUAGACAGUUACUACUGGCUUCUGGCCUUGUCAAGCACACUCAGCCUAAUGUUGUAUGUUGUUUUAUGUAGAUUUUAUACUAGUAGGAAAAAUUCAGAUACUGAACAAAUGUAAAUGAGCUCUUCUGACCGAUCCAAAUUUUAGUUCUUUCUCUUUAUUUUUUCUUUUUAUGAUGAAGCAGCUAUUGCCUCAUCAGACUGAAGAAGAGCAGCUAAGUUAAACUCCAAAGUUAAAACAUUUGAUGGUUUGGGAGAUGAGAAAUGAAGAUGCUGCUGCUGAACAUCCUCAAAAAUAGUUCGUAGUUUAAACAGUGGUUAGCGUUAGAAAAGGAAAGAAAAAAAAGAAAGAAAGAGUGCUAAUGCAUGAUCAGAUGGACAAAUCUGAUCAGGCAAUGUAUGAUUCUUGGUAGCUCUGUUUACUUUAAUGUAUCUAAAUUUUCAAUCUUUAUUUCUUCCAA